UUGAGAGAGAGUGUGGUGAGUAAGGAAGGUCCACUCACAGCUGGCCAACCUACACAUUGUGUAGUAAAUCAGCAAAACACACAUUAAAUAAGAACCUCCAAAACCCCAUCCAUCAAUAUCCAUACAUCUCUCUUCAUUCACACACAUAUAAAUACAUAAGUAUACAUACGUAUACAUACAUAUAAUUCUAUAUACUAUAUGAUCUUACACCCAAAAACUUAUUGAAGAAGAAAAGUGGAGAGGGUGAGAGAGGACAAGAAAAUGGCAAGAACCCAUCUCAUUUUUCUUCUUUUUCUAGCUCUUUUAUCAAAAUCAUCGGCAUCAUCACCAUCAUCAUUGCCUUCAAGAGAGCAAGAAAAGGACAGAAUCAAAGCACUUCCAGGGCAACCAAAAGUGACAUUCUCACAAUAUUCAGGCUAUGUCAAUGUGAAUGAAUCUCAUGGUCGUUCUUUCUUUUAUUGGCUCACUGAGUCAACUUCUCCUCACACCAAACCCCUUCUUCUUUGGCUGAAUGGAGGACCAGGCUGCUCGUCGAUUGCUUAUGGAGCUUCAGAGGAAAUUGGACCAUUCCGUAUCAACAAAACCGGUUCCACUCUCUUUCUCAACAAGUUCUCAUGGAACAAAGAUGCAAACCUUCUGUUUUUGGAAUCACCAGCCGGUGUUGGAUUUUCUUACACGAACACAAGUUACGAUCUAAAAAGUUAUGGAGACGAACAAACAGCUCAAGACAAUUUGAUAUUCCUUAUCAAAUGGUUAUCAAGAUUUCCACAAUACAAAUAUAGAGACUUCUACAUUGCUGGUGAAAGUUAUGCUGGUCACUAUGUACCUCAGCUUGCUAAAAAGAUACAUGACUACAACAAAGCUUUCUCAAAACCCAUCAUCAAUCUGAAAGGAUUCAUGGUGGGGAACGCAGUGACGGACAAUGAGUACGACAGCAUAGGAACCGUAGCUUACUGGUGGACCCACGCAAUUAUUUCCGACAAAACCUACAAGUCAAUUCUCAAAAACUGUAACUUCACGGCCGAUAAAGUUUCUGACGACUGCGACACGGCUGUUAACUACGCCAUGAACCACGAGUUCGGUGACAUUGACCAAUACAGCAUUUACACUCCAACGUGUGUGGCUUCAAAGCAGAAGAAGACUGGUUUCUUACGGAUGAAAAACACACUCUUGCGUAGACGGUUUGUGUCUGGAUACGAUCCUUGCACGGAGAGCUACGCAGAGAAGUAUUAUAACCGUAAAGAUGUUCAGAGAGCUAUGCAUGCUAACGUCACUGGUAUUCGCUAUAAAUGGACAGCUUGCAGUGAUGUUCUGAUCAAGAACUGGAAAGACUCGGACAAGACGAUGUUACCGGUCUACAAGGAACUUGCAGCAGCUGGUUUGAGGAUAUGGGUUUUCAGUGGUGAUACAGAUUCUGUGGUUCCAGUGACGGCUACACGGUUUUCUCUCAGCCAUCUCAAUCUCCCGGUGAAAACUCGUUGGUACCCUUGGUACUCCGGUAACCAGGUGGGAGGAUGGACGGAGGUAUACAAAGGACUGACCUUUGCAACAGUAAGAGGGGCGGGGCAUGAGGUGCCUUUAUUCGAACCAAAGCGUGCUCUCAUUCUUUUCAAAUCAUUCUUGGCUGGAAAAGAGCUUCCAAAAUCUUAUUAGUAACCUAAACAUAGAAGUAAGAGAAAAUGUCUCCAACAAGCAUAAUCCAGCUACCAGAUUAGGAUUCAGUUUCGAGUAAGCUCGGAAUUCUUGUUUUUUUAAAUUAUAAUUUCUGUUUUAAAGUUUGAUUCAUUUCCACAAUUUGGAAAUCAUAAAACGAUUUGAGAGUAUUCAAGGAAUUGUUGAUAUUUUAAAGAAGUACAAGGGUUCAAUUAUUUCCUCUUA